AUGGAUUCUGUCGGUGAACAUGGAGACGAGGAGUUCAUCGAUCCCAUAUCGCCGCGAGCAACUCCCGCCGUCAGGGAUUGCUUCUCGGAGCCGUCCACUGCUGCAGUUGGUCGGGGCAUGCCUCCACGACGUCGAUCUGGUGGACUGGAGGGGCUCGACCUCAACUCCCAUUCCACCGAGCUCCCCCAAAUGAACUCGUUCCAGGGCCUGGUUCAGUCCUCGCCGGUCCGAGGCAAUGGACCUUCUCGAUCCACCGGUGGCCAUGCGAAACGCCAUGACUCCGGCGGGGAUGCUGUUGCCACGGUGGGGAAACCGUUUCGCUCUCGUCGGACUGCCGGUUCUGCUUCUGCUGGCAGUGGCGAUGCCGCUACCACCGCAGGUGUGUCUGGUGGUGUAACUCCUGUCUUCGGCACUGCCGCUGCUGCAAGUGGUGGGACGCCUCGGGCCACGGUCAUCCCAACUGGGGCUGGUAGCAGUGGUGGCACUCCGCUGUUUCCUGCCACCGGCCUGGAGGAAGUUGAAGCUGCAGGCCUGGAGGACGAAGACGAAGGGUUUGAUCUUGGGUAUUCGAUGAACUUUUCUUCAAGUGAUGACGAGGACGAUUCUUCAAGUGAUGACUCUUCAAGUGAUGACGAGGACGAAACACUUGAGGUUGCAUUGAAUCACCUGAAGAUGAUGCAACAGUAUGGUGCCAUUGCAUGCAUGCUUGCUGGUAUGUACUACCAUGAUACUUUCAUGAAAAAAUCGAAGAGAAGAAAAACAAACCAUCCGGAUAUGAAGAGGAAAUGA